AUGGCGGCGGAGGCAAUGGCGGCGGAGCUGGCGGCGGAGGCAAUGGCGGCGGAGCUGGCGGCGGAGGCAAUGGCGGCGGAGCUGGCGGCGGAGGCAAUGGCGGCGGAGCUGGCGGCGGAGGCAAUGGCGGCGGAGCUGGCGGCGGAGGCAAUGGCGGCGGAGCUGGCGGCGGAGGCAAUGGCGGCGGAGCUGGCGGCGGAGGCAAUGGCGGCGGAGCUGGCGGCGGAGGCAAUGGCGGCGGAGCUGGCGGCGGAGCUGGCGGCGGAGGCAAUGGCGGCGGAGGCAAUGGCGGCG